CGCGCGCAAUGCGUCGUUACGUAACGUAAACAUAUUUGGUUACGUUAGCUACGUAUGUUCCAGAGAGCAGGAAAUGUGAUGUGGCUUUGACUCACAACAAAAAAUGUCGGCCAUUUUCAACUUCCAGUCACUGUUAACAGUGAUUCUCCUCCUGAUUUGUACCUGUGCCUACAUCAGAGCGCUGGCUCCCAGUAUGCUAGACAAGAACAAGUCCGGGCUUCUAGGAAUUUUCUGGAAGUGUGCCAGAAUAGGUGAGCGGAAGAGUCCCUGGGUUGCUUUCUGCUGUGUCGUCAUGGCUUUUAGUAUACUGUUUCUACAGUAGCAGUCCAAAGAAAACCACAAAUGGAAACAUUGGGGAAAUGAACAGACAACAAGACAUGGACAGUACAAUCCCAGAAGCACAACAGGACCUCCGAGGGUAUCACUUAGAUAAUAUAAAAACGGGAGAGCCGUCACCAUUCACCGUAGCCAUGGAGAGAGAGAAAAAUGUGUCUUGUGUAGGGGGGGAAGGAUGAGCUGAUAGCC